AUGCAAUGCCUGACGGCGGAAUGGGAGGUUUUUAGUGGGUGUUGCCGGGCGGGGCCUAUAGGGCUUCGUCCCGUUGUCAUGGCGAGGGCGCUGAUUCUGGCGUCAGUGCUCUUGACGCUGUUCGCGGUCGCGGUCGCCGACUACAACGUGGGCGUGGGCAUAGCUGACGUCACCGGACCGCCCACCGAAAUCACCUUCGUAAGUGUUACCUUUGUCCAACUGAAGAAAGCGCUGAAUGAGAACUUUGGGAACGCCUUGCACCGAAAUUGCUUUCCGAUAAUGCCGGUGCUGAGUAAACGAGGGAUUAAGGAGACAAGGGACAAAGGGACAAGAUGGACAGGACAAAAUGAGCCAAGGGGGCAAACGUAA